AUGAAGGCCUUCAUCUUCCUUGCUCUCCUGGGAGCUGCUGCUGCUUUCCCCACUGAUGAUGAUGAUGACAAGAUCGUUGGGGGCUACACCUGCCAAAAGAAUUCUGUGCCCUACCAGGUGUCCUUGAACUCAGGCUACCACUUCUGUGGUGGCUCCCUCAUCAAUGACCUGUGGGUAGUGUCCGCUGCUCACUGCUAUAAGUCCAAAAUCCAGGUGCGGCUGGGAGAACACAACAUUGAUGUCCUUGAGGGCGAUGAGCAGUUCAUUAACUCAGCCAAGGUCAUCCGUCAUCCCAAGUACAACUCGGGCAACCUUGAUAAUGACAUCAUGCUGAUUAAACUGAACUCCCCCGCCACUGUCAACACUCGUGUGUCCACAGUCUCUCUGCCAACAUCCUGUGCUGCUGCUGGCACUCAGUGCCUCAUCUCUGGCUGGGGCAACACUGACAGCAAUGGCUACAACUACCCGGAGCUCCUGCAGUGCCUGGAGGCCCCCAUCCUUACUGAUGGCGCCUGCAGCAAAGCCUACCCAGGCCAGAUUACCAGCAACAUGAUUUGUCUGGGCUUCCUGCAGGGCGGCAAGGACUCUUGCCAAGGUGACUCUGGUGGCCCUGUGGUCUGCAAUGGAGAACUUCAGGGCAUUGUCUCCUGGGGCUAUGGCUGUGCUCAGAAAGGCAAGCCUGGGGUCUACACCAAGGUCUGCAACUACGUGAACUGGAUUAAGCAGACCAUCGCUACCUACUAG